AUGCUCGUGCUAUACGAGACCGCAAUGGGCUACUGCCUGUUCAAAGUGACCGACUCUGCCAAAAUCGAGAGCGCCGAUCUCUGGGAGGAGUUUGAGAGCCCGCAGAAGGCGUCUAAGCUACUAAAGCUCAAGGCCCUACAUCGGUUCACGUCAACCGCGACGGCCGUCGAGGACAUUACCGCCAUCCAAAGCGGGAAGCUCGGGAAGGGGCUGAAGCAGUUCCUCACGGACGAGAUCGUGGAGAAGGGCAAGGGCAAGGAGUCGCUCGUCGUGGUUGAUCCCCAUCUCGGCCGCUCAAUCACAAAAAAAUUGGGCAUCAAGGUGAACACCGUCGGCGCGGAAGGGCAGAACGGCGACCUCUGGCGCGGGAUCCGGAGCCAGCUCGCGGCGCUGCUUGACGGGCUGGACCCCAAGGACCUGGCGACAAUGAGUUUGGGUCUCAGUCACUCACUAUCACGGUUUAAACUCAAGUUCUCGCCUGACAAGGUGGACACGAUGGUUGUUCAGGCCAUCGCACUGCUCGACGAUCUCGACAAGGAGACUAACAUCUACGCCAUGCGAGUAAAGGAAUGGUACGGCUGGCACUUCCCCGAAAUGGCCAAGAUCAUCGUCGACAACGUCGCCUAUGCGCGCACCAUCCGACUCAUGGGCUUCCGCACCAACGCCUCAUCCACCUCAUUCGCCUCCAUCCUCCCCGAGGACCUCGAGUCCGUCCUCAAAGCCGCGGCGGAGAUCUCCAUGGGCACCGAGAUAUCCGACAGCGACAUCGCGCACAUCCACGCCCUGUGCGACCAGGUCAUCUCGAUCUCAGCAUACCGCACGCAGCUCGCGGAGUACCUGAGGAAUAGGAUGAACGCGAUCGCCCCGAAUUUGACGGCGUUGGUUGGAGAGCUGGUUGGGGCGAGGUUGAUCAGCCAUGCGGGGAGCUUGUUGAGCUUGGCGAAGCAUCCGGCGAGUACGGUGCAGAUUCUUGGGGCGGAGAAGGCGCUGUUUAGGGCGUUGAAGACGAAGCAUGAUACCCCCAAGUAUGGGCUGAUAUACCACGCCUCACUUAUUGGUCAGGCACCUCCAAAACUAAAGGGCAAGAUGGCCCGCAUGGUAGCAACAAAAGCCGCGCUCUCAAUCCGCGUCGACGCCCUCACCGACGCCGACGGCAAGUCUGACACCUCCGCCUCCUCAAUCGGCAUCACCAACCGCGCCAAGCUCGAAUCCCGACUCCGCCUGCUCGAGCACCAGGCCGAUGGGUCCGCCGUACGGCGCUUCGCCUCCUCCUCUGGGGGCAAGAAGCAGGAACGGUUCACGAUGGGCGGGGAGACUGCGACGUACAACACGAAGGCGGACGAGGUGGACUUGGUGACCACGCAGAGGGAUGUGAGACAGUCAGCACAGGAGACGGCGGAGAAGGUAGUGUUGGAGACGAAGGAGGAGAAACGGAGGGCAAAGGAGCGGAGGGCGAAGAAAAGGGCCGAGAAGGAGAGGGCCGAGCAGGGUUCUGAGGCUAGGGCACCGUACGAAGAUGGGAUGGACGUAGAUGGUGAUGAGGAGAAAGAGAGGAAAAAAGAGAAGAAGGAGAAGAAGCGGAAGAGAGAGAGCGACGCGAAUGGUGUCGCAAUGGAUGAGGAUGGGAAGGAAGAGACAGAAGAAGAGAAAAAGGCACGGAGAAAGGCGAAGAAGGAGGCCAAGGCGGCUGCUGCGAAUGGUAGCGAUUCACCGAAAAAGAAGAAGAAAAAAUCGGAGGCAUACGGCGUCGGCUACGGCAUCUGCCAACGCCUCCUCUCCCAACUGUGCCAGCUCAACCCGCCCGACAGCCUCCCACAAACCUUCUCUUCCCUCUCUCCCUCUUCCUCUUCCUCCAGCACCUCAGAUGACGACAAACCCCCAGCAGGCUACGAAGGCCUCACCCUAAUCAUGGCCUGCCGGAACACCCGACGCGCCGAGGCAGCUAAAGCAAAGCUGCUCGCGUGGUUCGAUGCUUACAUCGUGGAUUUGGCGAGGGGGAAGGUCAGGGAGGGGGCUAAAGGUGGUAGUGGGAAGGAGAGGACACGAGAGGAGAAAGUGUAUACAGAGGCGUUCCGCGCGAGGGUCGACGUACGGACCCUAGAGCUCGACCUCGCGUCCUUCAGCAGCGUCCUCAAGUUCGCAUCUGCCCUGCGCGACCUAGUGCCCUACGUCUCGCACCUCGUGUUCAACGCCGGCGUGGCAAGCUUCGAGCGGAUCGACUGGUACCUCUGCCUGAAGCAGUUCCUGACCGACCCGGGCACGCUCAUCACAGCGCCGACGUACUACACCCAAUACGUCGGGGAGCGGAGUGCUGAUAACCUCGGCUGGGUAUGGCAAUCGAAUGUCUUUGGGCAUUUCGUCCUCUUUCGCGAACUUGAAAAAUCAGGCCUCCUAACCGCCUCUUCGCUCAGGAACUCCCCCAAAGUGAUCUGGUCAUCCUCGCUCGAAGCAUCGCCCAAGUUCUACGACGCGGACGACUGGCAGCUCCUCAAGACGGGCCAUUCGUACGAGAGCUCGAAGUACCAGAUCGACCUGAUUGCGACGAAUUUGGACCUACAAGCGCAAAGCCAACCAGAAGGACAAAACAAAGUGAUACGGCAUUUCGUCUCCGAGCCAGGCGUGUGCUCGACAGGCAUCAGUUCAGCGCUCGUCGGACCCUUUCUCGAUCGCGUGAAGGUCUGGUCGUUCUACCUGGCCCGCAUUCUCGGUUCGCAACACCACCCCAUCCUGCCCUUCAAGUCCGCCAUCGCCGCCGUCCACCUCGUGCUCAUGCCCAUCCUCUUCCUGCCCUUGUUCCUCCCCCUCAACAGGGCCACGCAACCUGUGGGACCUGUGCGCUUCGGGGCACACACAGACCACUGGGGCGCCGAGCGCGUGGACGUAACGCCCGUGAAGGAGUGGGAGGCGCAUCGCGAGGAGGGCCAGCGGCUCGUGGAGAGGUGCGAUCGGCUGUAUGAGGAAAGGAAGAGGGAGGAGCGGGAGUCUGUGAGGUCGGAGACGGCGAGUGAGAAGAUGUAA